CGUUCGUUUUCAAUCAGCUCGGUUGUCUGCUGUCUGUCAAUGCAAGAUGUGUGAAAAAUGUCGGUCAAGUGUGUGUUAUUUUUGCAGUAUAAUUUAAACAAUCCUCUUGGGUUUUUAUUCCAUCAAUAAAUGUCUUCUAUGAUACAAAUUUUAAGUGUUAUUCAAUUAAUCUAGUUUUCAUAACAAUAAAGGAAAAUGGCUCAAUCUUCUCAAACAUUUUUAGGAACUUGGGAGAUUGCCAUGUGCAUAAUACAGCCAUGUUCCGGGCCUAGUAACCCAGACCCAACAGGCAUCGAGGGGACGGUGAUGAAGCUGGACGAGGGUGGGGAUGUGACGUGGACAGUGUCUCCCGGUGCAGAGGGUCUACCAUUGGUCAGCUGUGAGACCUACGAUGUCUUCCACACGUCCGUGUCGAACGUGAUAAUCCGCUUUGGGGCCUACCAGGGUCACGUUAUAGAGUUCAGGGUGGACCAGACUGAGUCACCAGACCAGAUGCUGAUGACUUGUGAAGGUUGGUGUCUGCUACACUGUCGCAGGACAACUACCUCGGAACCUGGGAAUGCCAUGGAUGCAUCGUUCAGCCUCCUGCCUGCGCUUGAGGACGGCUACUUCUCUGACCUAACCAUUGUUGCCAGCAACGACAAGAAGUUUGCUGUCCACUCGUGCAUUCUACAGCUGAGUGCCCCAGAACUGGACUGGACUGCCGAGCCCCCGCCACUGUCAGGCCUGCGAGAGGAUGUGGUGGGCACCGUGUUGCACUACCUGUACGCCGAGUGUCUGCCCGCCAAUCUGUCCGAAGCCACGGCUCGCCAGUGUAUCAGUGCAGUUGCCAGCUACCCAAGCCUUACACCCUUCACCACACUUUGUCAGCACUACCUGCGUAACAUGGCGCUCAAACAGCAGAUUGUAUCCCUGGUGAGUGACAUGCACACAUGUGCCAGCCAUAUCAUCCAACAUCUCAGCAGCAAACCAGCCCCGGCCAGUGACAGUCUCAAUACCAACCCUGCCAAGUUGUGUUUUGUCGUACGUCAGUCAUUACGCGAGGCUGCUGUCGCUGGUGUCAAACUGGUGGUGCUGUGUGACCUGUUCUCCAAACGCAAGGGAGAGCUGACGCGAGAGCAGCGACACGAGAUCAUCCGAUACGCCAAGUCCAGGUUGCCGGUGUUCAUGAAUCAGCUGCACAGGUUCCUGGUGGGCCUCAAGACAACGUUGAGCAGCAUGUCGUCGGCCCAGCGUCAGGAGAUCGCCACAUACCUUGUGCCUGAGAUAGAGACUGUACUAGAGACAUUGUCUUCCUUGGGAAUGAAGAUUAAAGUGGCCCUGGAAAGCAUCUUAUCGACUUUUAACGAAACUACUACGAGCCAUAGACAUUGCAAUCUUCUUACUAGGACGCUUCACGAGGUCUUGCACAAACGUGAUCUAAACAAACUGAAAACCUUGCUGCAACGGCACAACCACAAUCUUUUCUUGUUGUUGCAGCGGAAAGAGGGAUUUAAUGAGAUGACCAGUGGUAACAAGGUGCGCAGUGUAUCGCGCAGCUUAGAGCAGCUGGUGGAGGAGUUGCCUGUGUUCUUGUUGCGUCUGGAGGAGGUAACAGCGGCUCUUGACGACAAGUUGGAAUGGCGCGAGUUCAAGUUCUGCUUCAAGGUCGGCUCUUCCAAAGUCUCCGGGGUACUGCAGCGACUGCUAAAUCACUGUGCUGUGGUGCAGCCAGUUCUGGCGCAGCUGUGCAGUCUCGUGGCCAGGGAUGCGUUCACUCAGGCGCUCGCCAGCCUUGGCCUGGUCGACCCUGUCAAGUGUUCCUCUCACGACAAUAACCACUCCACCCCCAAUAAGACACAUGCGCAUUCUACACCCAAACAUCAUGGCUACAAGUUGAACCUGGUGGAGUGCCUAUGUGUGCCGCCGCUGUCUCGCAACAGUCGACUUUCAGCCGCAGCAAUCCAGUUGCUGCGGUCAGGGUCUGGAACGGAUAUGGUCUUUGAGGUUGUUCCUUCCCCAGAGGGAGGAGAGAGUGUCAUCAACCAAGUGGGGGUUGAGGUGGCCAGUGGGGUGGUGCCAGGAGAGGAGGCCUGCAGUAUUAGUGCUCAUAGGGUAGUGGUGGCGGCGCGAUGUGACUGGUUCCGCAGAGCACUAUUAUCAGGCAUGCGGGAGGCCAUAGACAGGAAGAUCACAGUGUUUGACACGUCGCCAUCGCUGUUCUCCGUGCUGUUAGACUAUCUGUACUGUGGCCGUCUGGACACUGGAAGCUUCUCGGUGGACCAGCUGGCGGACCUGAUGUUAAUGGCGGACCGCUACGAGGUGGACUCGCUCAAGACUGCCUGUGAACAUGGCCUAAGCACACACAUAGACCAUGACUCAGUCCUGUAUUUCCUGAGCAUGGGCGACCAGUUCAACGCUAAACACCUUCGGAGUUCAUGUUUGAAUUUUAUAUCACAAAAUCCAGACAUCAUGGAUUCUGAACUGUUUGAAGAACUGCCUCAAAACUUGCAAGCUGAGAUUUACGAUCUAGUCAUUUGGGCUUAUCCUCCAAGCAAGGUGGGGGACAAGCUGAGUGCCGUGCAAGAGAUGACGGCAAAUCUUCAGUUGUCUCAGUGUGACGCAGAAGGAGAAGGGGAGGUGUCUGGACAGGACUCUGCGCGGCUGGAGGCUUGUCUGCGCGCGCUACGAGAUGUCAUCGGCGAGGAGGCGGCUUCCCGCCAACAGCUGGUACAAGUGGCGCUGGCUGCAGACUUUGACCUCAACCGGGCCCUCAACUUCUACUACUCGUCUUGAGACACUGCGUGGACUAGUUAACUGAGCAACACCAAGUAGACCAGUCUUGGGCCGUCACUGGAUGAAGGUUGGAGUGCCAGUUUUUGUUAAAUAGUCUUCUUUGCUCAUUGUAUCUACAUAACUUGCAUUGGUGGGGUGAGAGCUGAACAAUACUAGUUAAACUUGUGGCAUCAUCAUUACAAUUGAUUGGGUUGAAUAGUCAAUCUCCGUGAACUGUGAAGUUAACAAGUUGAACUUCUGUUAAAAUUCUUGCAACAACCAUAACACUUCCAAUAUAUUUUAAUUGUUGGGCGUUUUUUAUGGGGAUUUAAUUGGUUUUACAAUAUAAAUUUGGUCAGUUUGAUUGAUUCUGUUUCCUAUAAAAGAUGUUGCAAAAAUAAAAUUAUGUGAAAUCCAUGAAGGUGUUGAAUUGAAAAGUUAAUUUCAAACUAACAUUCAACAACCAUGGAUUUUUGAAAUCUUAAAAAUUGUUAUUAAUAACAUCAUUUAGUACAGACUCCAGUAUUUUGCCAGGUUUGUUUGGUGCAUAAUUCUGUCCCACUUUCAAUAUUCAUCUAAUUAUUUCUUUCUUUACUAUUCCUAUAUCUCUCUUCUUUACCCUGUAUUCCAAAUGUGCCUUAACCAACCUCUAUCAUCCGUCCUGUUUCUUAUGAGGUUCCUUCUUCAUUCUUUCACCUAAAUCAUUCUAUCUAUAUUGUAAUAAUUCUACAAUCUCAUACAUACAAUCAAUCAUUCAGUUUCCAAGUUAUAUUGUCUCUCUCUCUCUCUCUCUAUAACCCUCAUCCUUCUUGUCUAAUUUAUAUUACUGUUUUCUUCGGCUCUUGUGUUCCAAAUCUUUGUUUUAUUUUCCAACAUUGUCACAUAAUAAAUCCUUUUAUAUUAUAAAGGUUAUUAAAAUAAUUGGCAAAAAUGAAUUUAUAUAUUUUAUGUUGUCAGCAUUUUCCAAGAAAUAGAUUUUAAAUUGAGGAUUUAAAACAUUUUGCGAUAAAACCGUUUCAGCUAUUUAUGUAAGAACUUUGCGAUGAUGGUGUCCCAUACUUGGUAUUCUGCUGGGAAUAUUUCAGCACUUGCCCCACUGUUGUAUACCGUCUCACCAGCUUGUAGUUCUCACUUCUAGACAUUCACUUCUUGCUAAACUGAAAUUCUAGUCCAUCCCAUUGAUGGUAUUCGAGUGAAGAAAAUCAAUCAGUAUUAUUUAACUGUUUCUUUUGUGAUGUAUGUGAUUAAUAUUAUCGACUUGAUUUAGACUUCUUUUAGGUUUAGAGUGCCACUGUUGACUUGUACAUUGUUGCAUUCAGUCAUAAUGUUUAACAUGGA